AUGAAAACCAGCAGAAAGUGCCGGGCGCUGCUGGCAGCCUCCUUAAACCUAGUGGCGCUGCUUUUCUCCACCACCGCCUUCAUUACCACGUACUGGUGUGAGGGCACUCAGAAAGUGCCCAAGCCGAACUGCAGCAAGGAGACCAGGCUCAACUGCAUCAACUUGAACCGCACUAGCACCAUGAACACUUCCAAACCGGACCAGGUCCACUACAGCUGGGAUACCGGCGAUGAUCGCUUUGUCUUCCGUUAUUUCCACACUGGCAUAUGGUACUCCUGUGAAGAGAACAUCAGUGGUGUCGGUGAGAAGUGUCGGAAUUUUAUUGAUCUGGCUCCGGCGUCUGAGAGAAGUGUUCUUUGGUUGGCGGUCAUCUCUGAAGUUUUAUAUAUCGUGCUUUUAGUUGUUGGUUUCAGCCUGAUGUGUCUCGAGCUCUUUCACUCAAGUAAUGUGAUAGACGGCCUCAAACUGAAUGCAUUUGCUGCUGUCUUCACUGUUCUUUCAGGUCUGCUCGGAAUGGUGGCUCAUGUGAUGUACACUCAGGUGUUCCAGGUGACAGUCAGUCUUGGACCCGAGGACUGGAGACCACACUCCUGGGAUUACGGCUGGUCGUUCUGUCUCGCAUGGGGAUCCUUUACUUGCUGCAUGGCAGCCUCUGUCACCACACUGAACUCAUACACGAAAACAGUCAUCGAGUUUCGACACAAACGGAAACUCUUCGAGCAAAGCCUCAGGGAAGAGCAGAUGUUCAUCGAUCGUGAGGCUAUCAACUAUUUUAGAGAAAGAUCAAUUCAGUCCAUAUCGAGUUCGGUCGAAGUCUUUGCAGACCCUACCACAAGCACAACUAAAUCACUUGUACCAGAUCCAUUGGACUUGAGUGAAAUCCCGGAAGUGUUAGGAGAGGACCAAUGUUAA